UCCAUGUUGUACCAGCAUUUUGAAAUUGCGGAUGAAAUGACCGUCAACAUAUUCAGAAAACGCAAGCCGAUGUCGAGCCCCUUAGCAAUCGUUGGUGGAACCGCUACAGCCAACGUGCCGCAGGAAGUACCAGAGCAAGUGAUUCCCCCACAGCAGCCUCCGAGGCCGUGCCAAGAGGCUGUUUUGCCCGGCAAAGGUGCAAUACAGGUCGUUGACUUGGAGCGAUCUGCCGAAGAAAGACUUGCGGAAACGAGAAGUUCUUGCAUUCCGGAAAUGCCUCAAAAUGGAGCUUUACCCAGACGUUCUGGAAGGCUAUCCUUCUCGAAGUUGCCUGCUAUAAGCGAGGAGCGAAGUGGCUGCGCCAGUGGCUCAUCACUGAAUCUGCCCUCAAACACUGCAGAAAGCGAACUGGCGCCAAAACCAUUACCGUCAGUACAUGUGGAGGCUAUAGAAGAACAGAAUUUACCAACAGACGAUUUUAAUCAUUCGUUCCAUUCGGACAAUGCAUCUUUAUUGCAGGUUUACGUAGAAGGAGACGCAGCAGCUGAGCCAGACGUUCCAUUUACUGUUUUCACUGAUGAAAAUGAACAUCUGGACGUUGUUGAACAAAGGUUCACGUACUGUUGCUGCUAUUAUGCUCGCAGUAAAUUAGGGGAUCGCUUUUGA